GUGAAGAGAAAAGAACGAGAGGAUAAGACACUUGCGGAGAGCUUGUGCCACAAAGAUCCAACGGCUCAGAUUCACCAAACCUCAUUAUAAUCCCUUUGUAACUAAUGCCACACCAAGACAUAUACAUUGACACACACAGAGAGAUCGAAAGGAGAGAUAACAAGAAUGGUUUCUUCGCUUCUAAUGUCGUUUGCUCCGGCCACCGUGAGGGUUUACGCCACAACUAAGGGAACUUCAGGCGGCGCCAAGGAGGAGAAGAAUCCCCUUGAUUUUGUGCUUGGUUAUUUGACAAAGCAAGAUCAGUUCUACGAGACUGAUCCAAUUCUCAAGAAGGUGGAGGAGAAAGGCGGCACCAGAAGUGGCACCACCGGAGGCAGAGGAACCGUUCGGGGCGGUAAAAGCUCGGCUCCGGUGCCUGUGGCGCCCAAGAAGAACGAUGGUGGAUUUGCCGGCUUAGGUGGCUUCUUCAACAAAAAGUAAAAGAAAAAAGUAUAGUAAAUUUGCAUUGUUUAUUGCCUCUGUUUUGCAUUAUCUAUAAUUCUUCAGACUUCAAUUAUUAUACAUAUAUAUAUAUAUAUAUAAACUGCUCUUUCUUCAUCACAA